AUCCCGGAGCCCGAUGCAGCGAGCUCGAUGCGCCUGCAGAGAUGUGAACAUCAGAGAAACAUUGCACAGGCAAUUCUACUCAACGCCGGCUGCACACUUCACGACCUCCCGUUAUUUCCAUGCGGCACCGAAAUGGCACCGGGCUAUCGAGUCGACAAGGCGUGAGCUGAGGUCCUAUCAAGAAGACAGCAUUCAAGCAAUUUUGAACGCCAGGAAUGAUGGCAAGCAAAGGCUCGGACUCAGUCUGCCAACAGGGGGUGGGAAAACAGUCGUGUUCAGCCAUUUGAUAGACCGCUUCCCCAAUCCGAACGCAGAUGCCACACAGACUCUUAUUCUUGCUCAUCGGCGCGAACUGGUUGAGCAGGCAGCAAGCCACUGCAGCAUGCUCUACCCUGACAAGAGUGUCGAGGUCGAAAUGGGCCAAAUCCAUGCUUCCGGUCUUGCAGAUAUCACUGUUGCGUCUGUUCAGAGUAUAACGUCCAAGGACCGUCUCUUACGCUACGACCCCGAUCGUUUCAAACUAUUGCUUAUCGACGAAGCGCAUCACUCUGUGUCACAGCGCUACCUAGACGUUUUGCAGCAUUUCAAAUUGUCCAAAAACGGGCAACGGGGUUCCACCAGCCUCGUAGGCGUGACUGCCACCUUCACGCGACACGAUGGAAUCAGGCUUGGCGAAGCGUACGAUGAGAUUGUCUACCACAAAGACUACCUGGAGAUGAUACAGGAAGGGUGGCUCUCCAACAUUGCCUUCACAACUGUCAAAACUCAUGCAAACCUCAGCAAAGUCAAGACCCAGAGUGGCGACUUCCAGGCAGCAUCCCUGUCCAAGGCUGUGAACACGGCCGAAAUCAACAGUCUCACAGUCGCUGCGUGGAGAGCGAAGGCUGGAGAGGCAAGACGCUCGACACUUGUAUUCUGUGUUGACCUCGACCAUGUUGAAGCCUUGACCGCCGAGUUUCGAGCUCAAGGAGUUGACGCAUAUUUCGUAACCAGCGAUACAGAUAAGAAAACCCGAGCGGCAAGGCUGGAAGCUUUCAAGCGUGAGGAGUUUCCGGUGCUCGUCAAUUGUGGCAUCUAUACGGAGGGUACAGAUAUCCCCAAUGUCGACUGCGUUCUCCUUGCUCGCCCCACACAGUCUCGAAACCUGCUUGUCCAAAUGAUAGGUCGAGGUCUGCGUCUACACUCUGGCAAGACCAAUUGUCAUGUCAUCGACAUGGUGGCCUCGCUAGAGACCGGCAUCGUUACCACGCCGACGCUCUUCGGUCUUGAUCCUGACGAGUUAGUUGACGAUGCUGGAGUUACAGAGAUGACGUCGCGAAAGGAAAAGAAGGAGAGAGAAGCAAUGAGAGAGAAGAGCGCGAUGGAUGCUACAGUCUUUGGUGCUCAGAGUCGCCCAUACACAGGCAAUGUCACCUUCACAGACUACGACAAUGUUACCGAUCUGAUCAAAGACGACGUUGGCGACAGACACAUCCGCAAAAUCUCGCCUUACAGCUGGGUGCAGAUUGAUGAUAACCGCUACGUCCUGUCCAACAGAAACGGUGAGCUCAUCAGGAUUCAGAAGGGCGAAGAUGAAGAGACGUACGUCGUCACUCUGACACGGAAGCUACCGAUGGGCUCCAAAUCACCCUACGCACGUCCCAAACAGAUUGCCACAGCAAUCACCUUCGAAGACGCAGUGCAUGCCGCCGAUACUGCGGCAUCGGAGACAUUUCCUUUCGAGUUCAUCAGCAAGACGGCGUACUGGAGGAAGACUAUCGCUUCUAAUGCACAGAUUGACUUCCUCAACAAGUUCCGCUCUAAGGACGAGAAGCUGGAGUAUGGGUCGAUCAAAAGGGGACGGGCUGCAGACUUCAUCACCAAAAUCAAUCAUGGUGCACGUGGCAGAUUUGAUCGUAUGAGCCAGAGAAAGCGUGCAGCUGAACGUGCAGAGGAGAAGAAGGAUAGGAUCAAGGAGAGGCAGGAAAGAGAGCAGGUCACUGUGGGGCCGGUCAAUUGGUGACAGGAAUUCGUCGGCACACUGGAUGUUCUACUUACUCGAAGCAUACUUCUCUCACCUCAAAAAAACAUAUCAAGGCUC